AUGAAGAAAGAGACUUCCGAAAACUCGAUGCUAGCCGACCCGGCACUCCUGGACAAGAUCGACAAGCUGUUUGCCUGCAACGUGGGUGAGUACAUUGCUCUCCCACAGCUAGUUGUUGUGGGCGAUCAGUCCAGUGGAAAGUCCUCGGUCCUUGAAGGCCUUACCCAGCUGCCCUUUCCACGCGAUAGUGGACUUUGUACUCGAUUUGCGACCCAGAUUAUUUUUCGUAGAGAUAGAGACUUGUCUACUCGCAAAGUCAGUGCCUCUAUCAUCCCAGCAGCCGAUUCAGAUGCCGACCGUACUGCUAGACUCAGAGCAUGGCGCACUGAGAGUAUCGGCGGCUUAGAGCCUAAUCUCUUCUCCAAAGUCAUGCAGGAAGUCCAUGAAAUGAUGGGAGUUGGUGGAAACUCGGCUCUGUCGACAUUCUCUAAAGAUGUCCUUCGCUUGGAGAUCUGCGGGCCGGAAGAGGACCACUUGAGUGUGAUCGACGUGCCUGGAAUUUUCAAAAAUACUACUCCAGGGCUAACUUCAAAGUCUGAUAUUGCCGUGGUCAGAGAGAUGGUAGAAGGCUACAUGAAGAACCCUCGGUCUAUCAUGCUUACUGUCGUUCCUGCCAACGUUGAUAUUGCUACUCAGGAAAUCAUCGAGAUGGCCCGCGAGUAUGACGCAGAAGGAGAAAGGACCAUUGGAGUUCUCACAAAGCCAGACUUGGUGGAUAGGGGUGCUGAAGACAAAGUUGUGGAUCUUGUAUCGGGGAACAAGUUAUUUCUUCGGCAUGGUUGGAUAAUAGUCCGCAACUUGAACCAACAGGAGCUAAUGGACAGAGACACGGACCGUGAUGAGGCAGAAGAGGCCUUCAGUCGGAAGGCACCUUGGAAUACAAUUGCUAAAGAUAAGUUUGGCAUCAAAUCUUUGAAAUCCCGUCUCCAAGAAACCGUUACUGAGAAUGCACGACGCGCAUUUCCUUCGGUUCGGACAGAAAUCAACAAAAGGUUGAAGGAAGCCAGGACCUCCUUAAAGGCCCUUGGCAACGAGAGGGGGACGCCAGAGCAGCAAGCAGGCUUUCUGUUAGACAUUAUGAGCAAAUUCCAGGAAAUCACUUCCCAAGCGCUGAGUACGAGCUACGGCGAGAACGAUAUCUUCGACGACCAUAUGGACCUUCGGCUUGCCACUAUGGUUGUCAACCGAGACACAGUUUUCGCAGAAGACCUCGAUCGAUAUGGUCACGAAUACAAUUUCAAGACAAGUGGCAAAAAGAACCCUGAUACCUUUGAUGCGUAUGCUACAGCAGUGCCUGCAGAUGAAUCUGGAGAUCAGAACGAAGUCCAAACUCGAAAAUCAGAUAGCAUAUUAGAACUCGAUGAUGUCGUUACAGAACCGACCUACGAAGCUUUGCCCUCUGACAGUGAUAUCUACGAGUGGCUAAAGCAGCUAUACCAAUCAUCUCGUGGGUUCGAGAUUGGCACGUUCAACGCGUCGUUACUUCCUACCAUCAUGAAAAAGCAAUCAGCCAAAUGGGCUAACUUUGCUAAGGGGUAUAUCAGCGAUGUGAUUACAAUGGUCCAUGGAUUUAUUGUUAAGGUACUGGAGACUAUUUGUGUGGACAAACGCGUAUUCAACAACCUUCGUUCGAUCAUGAUAGACAAUCUCUUGGACAAGUACCAACGUGCCCUGGCACAGGUGGACUUCUUGCUCCAUGUGGAACGUAACCAAGCGCCCAAGACGCUCAAUCACUAUUUCAAUGAAAAUCUCCAAAGCUGCCGCCAAGAACGCCUGCGUUCUAAGCUUGAAAGUAAAGUCAUCAACGAUAGCUACGGAGGAGAGGUUGUUCGACUAGAAGACCUUACUGUGCUAAACCACAUGAGCAACUCUGAAUACACGGUUCAGGAUGUCCAUGAUAUCCUCGAAUCUUACUAUACGGUAGCUCGGAAACGGUUUGUAGACAACGUUUGCAUGCAAGCAGCAGAUUAUCAUCUCGUCACCGGACCGGAGACCCCAACCAAGCUUUUCUCAUCCUCUUUUGUCAACGGAUUGUCUAAUGAUGAACUCAAGGACAUAGCGGGCGAGGAUGCAUUCACUGUACGGCAGCGAAUGAACUUGAAUAAGGCGAUCAGGGAACUUGAAGAGGGUAGGAAGAUACUGUUCUAA